AUGAAGUUUGAUCAAGCCAUCGCCGCUUUCGUCUCUCUGCUUGCAGUUUCGACAUUUGCCCAAAUCACGCCAGUAACCUGUCAGAAGGAAACUGUGAGCUGUGCUGGAAAUGAGGACUGUAACGCUAAAGGUUCGCCUGGUGGCUUUCCUUGCCCAGCAGGCUCUGGCCAGAAUGAUGCGGACUGCUGGAUCGCUACAAAUGCAGGCGGCGUCGCAUCAAGCGUGAGCUGCUGGUGCUGCAGACCUCAGUCAUGA